AUGCCUGAUCCUGCCAAACGUCACGGAGAAAUGUGGGCUGCUCAAGAGUCAUGGGAAGUCGACGAUAUAUGUUACGUCACAUAUGUUCAGAACGGACAACGAAUCUGCGAGCGCUACCAAUGUCUCGCUGCUCACGUCAGCACUGAUAACACUCCGCCGUCGAGCAGUCCGCAUCUCUGGCGUGCAAUUUAA